AACGGAACGUAACAAUGUAGAACAUUAUCUUGUGACGAACUAUGUCAACUUUGUUUCACAAUAAAAACAUUAUUCGAGCAUAAUUAAAUUAUAACUGACAUCUAAAACCAUUUAGAUGCCGUACAGUUGCAAACCGACGUAAAAUUCGCUGUAACUUGUAUGUGUCAGGUGAAAAAUUAGUUAAAAUGAAGUACUCUACUUCACCAACUCCUAGUGUGAGUAACUUUCCUCGGAGCACAUCUCCUCUACCAGCACCGGCUAAUUACCAGCCGACGACCGCCAGCGCAGCGGUGAAACGAUACAAGUACCUUCGGAGACUGUUUAAAUUCAACCAAAUGGACUUCGAAUUCGCUGCCUGGCAGAUGGUUUACCUCUUUAUAUCGCCUCAGAAAGUCUUCAGAAACUUCAAUUACCGUAAACAUACCAAAUCACAGUUUGCCCGAGAUGAUCCAGCCUUCUUAGUGCUGCUUAGUGUUUGGCUGUUCUUAUCAUCAAUAUGCUUAGGACUCGCCCUUAACCUGGGGCCUGGCAAAAUAGCACUGCUUGUCCUGUUUGUGGUGUUUGUCGACUUCAUCGGGGCUGGAGUAAUGGUCUCCACAUUUCUGUGGCACGUGAGUAACAAGUACAUGCGCCGCGACCCGGACGGGCCUGACGUGGAGUGGGGCUACGCGUUCGACGUGCACAUCAACGCGUUCUUCCCGCCGCUGCUGCUGUUACACGUAUUCCAGAUAGUACUGUUCGGAUCAUAUCCACCGAUGACGGGUUUCUUGUCAUGUCUCAUUUCGAACACCUUUUGGCUGGCGUCCAUCAUCUACUAUUUAUACAUCACAUUCUUGGGAUACAGCAAUUUGCCGAUACUGGGAAACACGAGAAUUUUCUUACUGCCGGUGCCGCUACUAUUCCUGUGUUAUCUAUGCACUUUGUUAGUCGGGGUGAACCUGAGCGAGUUACUCGCAAUCUUUUAUAAAUACAGGGUGUUGUGAAACUAUCGAAACAGUCAUGAUUUGUUAAGGGUGAUGUAAAACGGGUAAUGCCCUACCCGUUUCGCAGUUCCAAAACCCUAUCCUCGAACGGCAGCCUAUCCCCAAUCGUUCUAAUGGUGUGCUGAAGUUGUUUUUCCAUCAAACGCUCCUAUGAAAUGCUUUUAAAUGUAACGAGGUAGUUUUUUAAAAACCAAAAA